AUGACUGUCAAAUACAAUCUGUAUUCUCCACUGGCAGUGCAGAUGGACAGAGGCAUGUCUGUGUCUCUGUGGUGUGAGGAGGUAGAGGACAACCAGAGUCAGGACCAGAGCCAGACUGAGGCACAAGCCCAGGGCGGCCACAACCUGGGCUCGUCUCAGCUGCGAGCCGCCUGGGACCCCACUGUGUCGGGGCAUCGUGUGAUCCAGAGGCUGCUUCAUGUGGAGGAGAGGUACAUGCCCUCCAUGCUCUACAUCACCCUCAUCCAGCGGGAGCCAGAGCGCAGAGAGGAGCUCGCCAAAUGGGCCCUGGAGGUGUGCUGUGAGUGUGGCUGUGAUGAGGCAGUGUUCCCCCUGUCUGUCUCUCUGAUGGAUAGGUUCCUGUCUGCCUCUUUGUCUCUGCCUGUCUCACCAUACUGCCUGGCUGCUGGCUGCAUCCUCAUCGCCUCCAAACUCUCAGAGUGUGACAACGUCACCGCUGAUACUCUCUGUGCUGCAGCUGAAUACAGCUUUCAGCCUUCAAACCUGCGAGAGAUGGAGCGUGUCAUCCUCGCCACCCUCCGAUGGGACACAGCAGCAGUGACUCCGCAGGACUUUCUCCCACAUUUCCUUGCCUCUGUGGAGGACAGGAAAGAUGGAGACAGCGGUGACUCUGAGGAGGGGCUGCUGCUCUCCACCCUGCGGCGGCACAGCGACACGCUAGCCGCCAUGUGUGCGUGUGACUCCCGCUUUCUGGGAGCACCGCCGUCACUUGUUGCUGCGGCAUCACUGAACUGUGCUCUGCGGGGUCUGGGCAACAAGGGUCCCGCUCAACUGGCUGUAAUGAGUUACGUCCUGGCGGAGCUCUGCCAGGCUGACCUGGCAGUGCUGCAGUGCUACAGUGACAUGAUCGAAUAUGCCCUCCGACAGCGACUAAGGAGCGCGCUACAGCAGGGACCCAUGGAGAAAGAUGAAGAGGUGGAGAACGAAAGACCCGGGACACCUACUGACAUGAGAGAGAUUGAUUUCUAA